GCGGCAGCGGCGGCGGCAGCCGAGUGGCGGGAUGGCGGGCGCCGUGAGCGAGGCGCGCUUCGCGGGGCUGUCGCUGAUGCAGCUGCACGAGCUGCUGGAGGACGACGCGCAGCUCGGCGACAUGGUGCGGGGGAUGGAGGAGACUCAGACUGUUCAGCUUAACAAAGAGAUGACACUGGCUAGCAACCGGAGCCUGGCAGAAGGAAACCUUUUGUACCAGCCCCAGCUGGAUGCUCAGAAAGCUCGCCUGACCCAAAAAUACCAGGAACUCCAGGUUCUCUUUGAGGCCUAUCAGAUAAAGAAGACCAAACUAGAUAAACAGUCUAACAACGCUUCCUUGGAGACUCUGUUAGCACUUCUUCAAGCAGAAGGAGCCAAGAUCGAGGAAGACACUGAGAACAUGGCAGAGAAGUUUCUAGAUGGCGAGCUUCCUUUGGAUGCCUUUAUCGAUGUCUACCAGAGCAAGCGGAAGCUGGCACACAUGCGACGUGUCAAAGUAGAGAAGCUCCAGGAGCUAGUGUUGAAGGGACAGAGACUCCCACAGGCUGGUGUCCCACUACCCCCCAGGGUGCCUGAGCCAUCACCUGCCACCUCCCUGCCCUAUCCCCCUCUGGAGGCUACCGGGCUCCCUUCUGUGGUGCCUCGGCGCAUACCCCCACCUCCACCCCCGGUGUCUACAGGACAGAUAGCCACCCCGUUCACUGCGGCCAUGGGCUCAGGACAGGCUUCUCCAUACCCAGGAUUACAGUGCCCACCUCUGCCUCCCAGGGUGGGCCUCCCCUCUCAGCAAGGAUUCUCCGCACAGCUGGUGUCGCCGUACCCGCCAGCCCUGCCCCAGAGGCCCCCUCCACGGCUGGCUCCACACCAGCCAGGCUUCAUCCUCCAGUGAGCUCCUGCUCCUGCUCCUCCUGCAAGACACCCUCUGCCUGCUGUGCCGAGCUCGACGAACGGAGGCUGUGAGGUCCAGCAUCUGUGCCAAGGGCUUGGGGUGCCCUGGGCCAGUGUGUCCAUCUGAGUUUAGAACUGUAGGUCUGUGGUAAGUAAUAGCAGGUUUUAUGCACCAAGGGCGCUCUGCCUGCCAGGCCACAGGCUGCCACGCCCAUGCAUCACAUCGGUCUGUGUUCUGGGUGUGAUCUCUGAGUAUCUAGUGUUGAUGGACUUUGUGUGUUUGGAAAGAUAAACCUACCCCCUUCCGAUUUAGAAUCGUGGUCCUCCCGUUGCAGCUUUAUUUAAUAAGCAUGGUUAAUUAUAUGUAUUUUCAAGUCUUGGCCCACCAGCUGCCAUGGCGCUAGCAGAGGCUGGUUUACACUGGCCAGGCCACGCUGGGCAGCUGUGCUGUUUGUUGAGUCUGUGCAGGGCAGGUCAUCAGUCACCUCCUGCUCCUGCCAAACUGGAUCCUCUCACGGUUCAAAGCCAUGGACAGAGUUUGCACUUGGCUGCUGUGUCAGAGGCCAGGGGAGCUGUGCCCCGGGUGGGAGGCCACUGUGACUGGACUCUGCCCAUUCCUCUUCUCACACCUCAAACCGCAUGAUGGUUUCUGUGAAAAAAAUACUCAGUGUUUUUACUACACUUGUAAUUUUCCUGUUUUAUAUUUCAAAAGAAGACUUUUUGACAUUCUGAAGACCAUUCAGGGAAACUUUUUAAAAAUGCAGAUACUGUUUUGAGCUGGUUUAAAAUGCAGAUUUAUUGAGUGCCGCUUCCUGUCAGGCAAGCAGUGCACGGUCACAUCCGUCAGUGUCCGUGCUGUGCCUUAGCUUCACUUGGUGCCAGGACUCAGAUGCCUGCAGUGUGCCAGCCAUCGCUGCCCUGCCAGGCCC